AUGUUUGGCAGGCAUCAAGGAGAACUGGUAAAGGAGGUUGUUUCAAAGGUAUGGGGAGAGCUGAGAAGGAAUCACUCAUUGGUUGUAAAUGAAACCUUAGUUGGAAUUGGUGAUCACGUAGAAGAAAUGUUGACAUUAUUGAGCGUUAAUUCCAGUAAUGUAAGGAUUGUGGGAAUCUACGGAAUGGGAGGAAUUGGCAAGACCACUAUUGCCAAGGUCAUCUAUAACCAACUCUCCCAACAUUUUGAUUCCUGUUGCUUCCUUGCAGAUGUUAGAGAAACAGCACAACACAAGGGUCUUGUUCAUUUGCAAAACCAACUUAUAUCUAACAUCUUAACACAAAGAUGUGCUGACAUUAGUACUGUGGAUGAAGGAACUAAUGUAAUCAAAGAGAGAUUUUCUGGGAAGAAAGUUCUUGUUGUCGUUGAUGAUGCCGAUCACAGAGAUCAUCUUCAAGCACUUGCACUUGUGGGAAAGUGUGAGUGGUUUGGUUCAGGAAGUAGGAUAAUUGUCACAACUAGGAAAAAAGAGAUUCUAAAUCCGACUGAGGUCAAUUGGUGGACUUACGAACCAAAGGAAUUGGAUUUUAAUCAAUCUCUUCAACUUUUCAGCAGACAUGCUUUUAGAACGGACCGUCCCCCACAAUACUAUGAUAUUCUCUCUAUGGAUGUUGUGUUCACUGCUGGAGGCUUGCCUUUGGUUCUUGAGAUUAUUGGUUCUUUUUUAUCUGGCAAGGGAAAAGAGGCAUGGGAAGAUACAUUAAAGCAGUUGGAAAGAAUACCGGUGCAGCAUAAGCUGAUUAUAAGUUUCAGAGCAUUAGAAACUGCACAAAAAAAUAUAUUUCUCGACAUUGCAUGUCUUUUCACUGGAGUAGAUAGAAGAAUUGCUCUUCACAUGUGGAAUGGUUGCGGAUUUUAUCCAGAACAUGAAAUUGAAGUUCUUCGUCUCAUGUCAUUGGUGAAAAUAGGAGAUAACAAUGAGCUAAUGAUACAUGAUCUGCUUAGAGACCUUGGUAGGGAAAUUGUCUGUCAAGAAAGUGUUAUGGAGCCGGGGAAGCGUAGUAGGGUAUGGUUUCAUGAGGACGCCUAUCACAUAUUGAACCAUCAUACGAGUCACAGGCAUGCUGUCUUACGAAUGAAGAAUUUGCACACCUACCUAAUCUAA